CCCAACGCCGACAUUUGGCGACUUCUCUUCCGCAUCGCUCCUUUCAUACAGCUCGAGUGUUUCAACAAUGGUUUCUGCCUAUUUUCAAGUGGUGUCGUGAAAAUUGAUGCUUCUCUCAAGCUGUGGAUGACAAUAUCAAGCCAUCGCUCGAACACCUCUUCGCGCAUUAAACAAACUGCUGGCAUUUUCGAAAAUUCAUAUUCUGUAUAGGCUGGGCUCUAGUUGAAUCUCGCACCAUCUUGAUAUCCCGGCUCGGUCUUCAACCAAUCACCACCGGAGCACUUGGACCAGGGCCGAGGGGCGCGGCUAUCAAAGCACUCUUUGCCCGUCAAGCUCGCGUUUAUCGACCCUCGGUGUUAGACCAUCGGCCGCCCAAAGCUCGAUCCCAACAGCCAUGGGUCCCAAACGCCGUCGCCUGGCACUCUCCUGUGUGGCCUGCAGGCGAAGGAAGGUGAAGUGUGAUAGGACGUAUCCAACAUGUGUGCGGUGUCAGAAGGGAGGUGUGAGUUGUGACUACGUCUCUUAUACCAAGCAGGACAGUGCUCUCCCUACUCCCUCUGAGGAAAGUCCGCAGCUUCGGAGAGAGGCUUCGGUCACCUCUUGGACUGAACACGCCGACGUUUGGCAUGCCCGGUCAAAAGAGCACGAGAGUGCCCGAAACCACGAGGAGAGUCAACAAUCUGGCUCCUCGCAACCUCGCACCCAAACAAAGUCUCUGCGAGAGCUACAGGACCGAGUGUUCGAUCUGGAAACCCAUGUCAGGGCGGCGGGGACGCGUCCCAUCUCGCCGGCGGUGUAUCUCGGUCUCGGCCAUUCCGCCGGUUCAGGGGCAAGCACCGACAAGAAUGCGUUACAUGACCACGAACGAGCCUUGCUCCGGGGUAAAGGCUUCAAAACGCAGUACUUUGGUCCGAGUCAUGGAGCUAAUUUACUUCUACAAUUCGAGGAACUUUCCCGCUUUGUCAAGGAUAUCCUGCAGCGACUGCCAACACUCGAAAAAUCCAGAAAUAUCUGGAAACAACAACGCCGGGACCUGAACGCGAACUUGAUCCUUCCAGAGUUCGACACCCUGUUAUCGCUGGUCCCCGAACAGAACCGUACAGAUGCGUUAGUGCAAGAAUAUUUCGAGACGCUCGAGACCACAUAUCGUGUUCUGCAUGCACCGACCUUCUUCCGCAAGUACAAGGAGUUCUGGGCAUCGUCCAGAGACUCCUCCUCGGGGUUCCUUGUACAACUUCUUCUCGUAUGCGCGAGCGUAAACUGCUCCGUAGCCGGCGGCCCUACAGGGUUCGUCGGCCGGAGUUCCGUUUGCCGUGAUGCAGCCGUUAAAUGGAUUGAAGUUUGCGAGAGUUGGCUAGAGCUGCAGAGUCAGAAGCACAUGACACUAGAAGUCUUUCAGGUCCGCGUCCUCCUGGUGAUUGCCAUGAAGCUGAACUGUGUCAAGGUCAAGCGAGAAUGGACUGUAUCAGGACAUCUGCUACGUCAAGCCAUGUCGUCUGGACUGCAUCGCGAGCCAACAUUUUUGAGCAACACCAUCUCAGUCUUCGACCAGGAGAUGCGCAGGAGGCUGUGGUUCACAAUACUCGAGCUUGAUAUCCAAAACACCCUCGACCGUGGUGUGGGGCCAAGCAUUGGUCCAUUCGACUGGGACACCUUGCCACCCUUGAACCUCCACGAUGAAGACUUUGAUGAGUCGACGGAAAAGAUGCCCUCGGCCAGGCCUAUGACCGAGUUCACCCGUACAUCAUUCAUUUGCCUAGCCCAUCAACAUUUACCGCUCCGCCUGGAGAUAAUAUCCAGGAUCAACAGCAUUCGUAUCUGCCUUGAAAGUGAUACUGCCAUCGAGCUUGAUCAAAAGAUCCGGCAGACCUUGGACAAUCUCCCCAAGUGGUCUGAUCACGCUGCAGGUGCGAUGGCAGAAGCUCUCUCGGAGCUGCUCCUCUACGAGAUUCUGUUGCUCAUGCAUCAGCCGUUUGCCACUCAGGUCGACGCCCCCGCAAGGCACUUCUACUCGAGGGCCGCCCGGCGCGACGCAGCACUGUCGACGAUGAGGAUUUUUACCGGACUGCGGCCCAGUAGUAGAAGGACCUAUAUCAACCUUCGGGAUGAUUUGUUCCGAGCUUGCCUUGCAACUUGCCAUGAUCUCGUCGUCUCAGCACGAUCGAGAGAGGAAUUAUUACAAGAUCAGACCAUUGCUGAAAACCUGAUCGAGCAGGGCGUCAAUGUGAUGGAAGAACGCAUCAAAAGGGUCGGCCAAGGGUUUCAUACGUAUUGGCUCACCUGCAGCGCCCUGGGGCUGCUGCAUUCAAAACUCUCUCCAGAGGAACCGGCAGAAAAGUUCGCACAGGAGACCGCUGACCGGGUAGCCACUCUCCAGGGCUACAUGAUGUCGCAGCAGAUUCCGCCUGUCGGAAACAGCAACGGCGUCGAAGAUGUCACCAUGAGCACAGCCAACACGCUGGUAGGAAUGAGUGCCCUGCCAACACCCGGUCAACCUCUACCGGAGCUUGAUCCGUUUGUGACAACGACCACCGAUCCAUUCAAUACCUUUCCUGAGACAUUGUUCGACUUUGAUAUCACGGAUCUCUGGAACAUGGGAGGCAUCGGGGGAAGCACACACUAUUGAUAGAGUUAGGUCCUGCUUGAUGAGCAGGAUGGGAUAGCAUCACCCCUCAAAAGAAGUCUUCA